AUGCUAUCCAACAUCGUCCUAGGCGUCAAGCUCCUCGGAGCGCUGUUCUCCCUCCUCCCCAAAAAACUACACCUCCUCCUCGCCCAGCGCAUCCACCGUCUCACCUACCGCGCAGUCGAGAAUCCUCGCAACGUCGUCGUGAUCGGCGCCCCUUUCGCCGGAUACCACGCCGCACGAUGUCUGGCGAACUCACUGCCUACAGGCUACCGGGUGGUCAUCAUCGAGAAACACAGCCAUUUCCGGCUGACAUGGGUGUUGCCGCGGUUCAGCGUCGUCCCAGGGCACGCGCACAAGGCCUUUAUUCCCUACGGGCCGUAUCUGGAUUCGGCGCCGGCUGGCUCUUACCAGUGGAUCCAGGGUACGGUGCAGACGAUUAUCCCAGAAAAAGACGGCAGUGGAACGGUGGAGCUGGCGUCCGGAGAAUCAGUACACUACGAAUACUUGGGGCGGUAUCCGGAGAAGAACGUUACGCUAGUGCAUUCGCGGGAUCGCCUGUUGAAUGCACGGUUUGGGCGGAAGCUCGGAGAGGCUGCGUUGAAGGAGUUGACGGGCCUCGGGGUGAAGGUGCGACUUGGGGAGAGGGUCGUGAAAGAGGGUGACCAAGCUGUGGAGUUGCGGUCGGGCGAGUCUAUUCCCUGUGAUUACUUGGUCAACUGUGUCGGACAAAGACCGAACUCCGGCUUGAUUGAAGCCUUGUCUGCAGAGUCGGUUUCCGAGUCAGGACACAUCAAGGUGCAGCCGACGCUGCAGAUUGCAGGACCGCUCUUCACCCGAACCUACGCAGCAGGAGAUGUGAUCGAGUCGGAUGGCGUGAAGAACGCACGCGGAGCUAUCGAACAGGCUGAGGUGGUCGCUGAGAACAUUGUGCGCGCGGUUAAUUCGCGAAAGCAGAUUGAAUAUCACGUACGCUGGUGGGAGGGCAUGACCCGAUUGUCGGUGGGACUGAAUAAAGUAGUGGUCUGGAUGAGCGAUGGGUCAACCGAGACGACCAUGGCGAUGAAGAGCCCUCGCGAAGACAUGGAGAGCGCAGAAGUGUGGAAGUAUUUUGGACUGAAGCCGUUUGAGGAGAAGAGCUAUCUCUAG